AUGUCCAUCAUGGCUUCUCCUGUAAGGUGGAUUCUCUGGACUUUGCUUGUGUGUUUUGCAGCUUUGCAGAACGCUGCUCUCAGGGUAACCAUGAGGGAAUCCAGUCUGGAGGCGGUUCGAGGCGAUUCCGUCCUCCUGCCCUGCUCCUUUUUCACCUCCUCUGACUUCUCCAGACUUAAUGUGAUCUGGACUCUGGCUCCGUCCUCCAGCCCAGGGAGCCCAGUGCAGGUGAUCGUGUUUGACCACGGUCAGGUGAUUAAGAACCCCUCCCUGAUUGGCCGAGUGGAUUUUACAGGCCUUCCAUUCAGUGCAGACAUUAUGCUAAAUGAAACACGAGUCUCGGACGGCGGGAUUUAUCGCUGCAUGGUCAACAACCCGCCAGACACGGCGGACCCUGGCGUGGGAGAGCUGCUGCUCAGCGUGCUGGAGCCACCUUCGCUGCCUGUGUGCGAGUGGGACGGAGCGAGUGACGUGGGCGGAAGCGUGAGGCUGUCCUGCUCCGUGGAAGAGGGCGUCCCCACCCCAGAAAUCCGCUGGGAGAAAGUGAACCCCGAGGAAAUUUCACUUCCAAUCAACAUGGAGGGUGAGCUGUCGGGCUCAGUCCAGAUUGUCAACGUGUCGUCUCAGACGUCCGGCUUGUAUCGCUGCUCGGCCGCCAACGUCCUGGGAACGGAAAACUGCUACAUCAACUUGGCCAUUUACAACAGCGAGGGUCCGUUUCACCACCGCCACGCCUCUUUAGGUUUGCUCGAGCCGUUUCUGAUCGGAGCCGUUUUGUGCACCGCAGCGGCUCCAGGCGGCCCCCCGGGCGUCCUGCCAGGCGUGCUGCUCACUCUGGUGAUGGCUUUGGUGCUGCUGGCUCUGCUGGUCAUCAUCCUGUGGCUGCAUCGCACGGGGCAGGACGGGAGGAGCAGGAGGAGGAGGGACAGGAAGGCGGAGGAAGAGGAGUGUUACAACGAGAUACGCUACACUCCAUCCCUGAUGAAGCGCUCCUUUGUCUGAAGUCUCAGCAUCAGAAGCAACUGUGGGUCUUUGUUGAAUGUAAGCUGGAUGCCAUCGUCUCAUGUUCUUUAUGAGUGCAGGGUUUCAGCUUAAUAAUGUUUUAUUCCCUUUAUCUUUUGAAGCUCAUGUACA